GCCUCUAUCCACCCUCUAUCGUGCAGGCUUUAUUCAUUCUAUCAGGCCUCUAGUGCUGCACGCGAGUGCCUUGCUAGGGCCCCUGACAGCUGUCGUAAUAACUGCCUGAAUUUAAAAAGGCGGAUGGAGGCUACAGCUGUUACAUUGCUGUAAAUAGAAACGGCAGUUAUACCAUAAAAAUAUGGAGAAGUGUCUCUUCCAUACUUUAGCCUUGACGGAGCGUUUAUUUUUUUAAGUGGCGUUUGCAUUGGAAGCUCCAUGGUUUAGGGCGCGAGAAACAGUCUAAAAAAAUGGGGUCCUUGCCCCGUGCGGAACGCGCCAGUUUUUCUAGGGGGGGGAGAGAGAGUGGAGAACUCUGAUACAAUCGCCAUAGCAACUAGAGAGGAAAUAGUGCUGGGCUAUCCUUUCUCUCUAUCUCCCCUCUCCGCUGGAACCUGCCAGAGAAAGAAGAUGUAGCAGGUGAGAAGUUGCAGCGCGCCGUUUAUGACCCUCCGAAUUAGCCGGACUGGACAGUGUUCCUGGAACUCCUUUUUCCGAACAAGAGGCCAGGCUACCCUCAUCGCCACCCCGCAAAUGGAUUUCUGAGUAGCUGACAUCCAGACAAUAUCCUGACUGAAGUAACUUGAAACUUUCUUAACACCUACAAUUCCUUCUAAGACAGAAUGUUUUUAAAGGAACCACUAUAGACUACAACUUUCUUUCAAGGCUGAAUUCUUUCCACGUUAUACUUGUGAAAGGGCAAAAAUGCCAGGUGUAUUACCAUGUGACAGUAAUGGACUUUCAAGAGGUACCCCAUCCAAAAAAAGCAGACUGUCAUUGAAGUUUUUUCAGAAGCGAGAAACAAAAAGAGCACUGGAUUUUAUGGAAUCACAUGAAAAUGAACAAAAGCCUUCAGAAUCUCUCUGUUCUGAAAUUGACCAGGUAGUUCCUGCAACACAAGCACUUUCACCUGUCCGCUGUGAGAAGAAAAUGAACAUUCUACCUUUUGUAGGCUUGAACAAUCUUGGCAACACUUGCUAUCUCAACAGCAUUCUUCAGGUGCUCUAUUUUUGCCCUGGCUUUAAAACUGGAGUGAAGCUACUAUUUAAUAUAAUUUCACAGAAAAAGGAAAGCUUAAAGGAGGAAAUAGACAAGGGGAUCAGUAAAGAAGAUUAUCUUGCAAGCUAUGAAUUAGUCUGCAGUUUACACUCCUUGAUUGUUUCAGUUGAACAGAUUCAAGCCAGUUUUCUCUUAAAUCCAGAAAGUUAUACAGAUGAACUGGCUACACAGCCAAGAAGACUGCUAAACACACUCAGGGAACUCAACCCUAUGUAUGAGGGGUAUCUGCAGCAUGAUGCCCAAGAAGUAUUACAGUGUAUCUUGGGGCACAUUGAAAAAACGUGUCAGCUCUUGAAAGAAGAAUUGAAACAUGUGUCACUGGAAGAAUCUACCGUUCAAAUAGAAAAUGGCUCUAGUCAAAACAUUGAUAGUCCUGUAACUCUUGAGGAAGUUGAUGGUAUGCUAAAUUGGCAAACGAUUGAGGAUCAUGAAGAUAAAACUAAAGGCAGUGGGAAAAGGAAAAGUGACAUGGAAGAUGGUAAUGAAAAGAAAAAAUCCAAAAUAUCCAAAGAGAAAAAUGGAGUAGAAGAAAACCAACGACAGACCCGAUCUAAGAGAAAAGCCCAGGAAAAAAACCCAGAAAAUCAAGCAGAGGCUACUAUCAAGUAUCCUAUGGAAAAUGAAAGCACAAAGUCUACCCAGAAAAAAUCCAGACUUAAACUAAAUUGGUUAAAGUCUUCAAGCAACCAGCCUAGCAUUCUGUCUAAAUUUUGUAGUUUGGGAAAGCUAUCUACAAACCUGGGUUUCAAAGAUCAGAUUAAAGAAACUGAGACUUGUGAAGUUACAGAGGUCUCUCUCAAGAAUGAAAAUGGUAACCAAGCAAAGGAAAAAUACUAUGACUUGUCUCUUAUGGAAAGUAUUAGUGAAAAGGAAACUGGACAGCUGUACAAGACAGUCACAGAGCUACAAAACUUUAAUUUAGUAGAGAAGCUUUUCCAGGGUCAACUGGUAUUGCGAACACGAUGCUUAGAAUGCGAAUGUUUCACUGAGAGGAGGGAAAACUUCCAAGAUAUCAGUGUGCCUGUGCAAAAAGAUGAACUCUCAAAAAUGGAAGAGAAUUCUGAAAUUUCUCCAGAGCCUAAAACAGAAGUGAAGACUCUGCAAUGGGCAAUUUCACAGUUUGCUUCAGUGGAGAGAAUUGUGGGAGAAGAUAAAUAUUUCUGUGAAAACUGUCGUCAUUACACAGAAGCUGAGCGUAGUCUUUUAUUUGAUAAAAUGCCUGAAGUUAUAACAAUUCACUUGAAGUGUUUUGCUGCUACUGGCUUAGAGUUUGAUUCUUAUGGUGGACUUUCCAAGAUAAAUACUCCUUUACUGACACCUCUCAAGCUGUCCUUGGAUGACUGGUGCAUAAAGCCAGCCAAUGAAAUCUAUGGACUAUUUGCUGUAGUCAUGCACAGUGGCAUUACAAUCAGCAGUGGACACUAUACAGCCUCUGUUAAAAUUACAAAUAUUGACAGUUUAGAAUUAAACAAGGAGAAUUUCAUCAUUGAUUCACCAUGUGAAAUGAUUCGCUCGGAGCCACUGAAUGAGCAAGAAGCCAGAACAGUAACUGAGGACUAUGAUGAUGGUGAGGUCUCCUUUAGAGUCAGUGGUAAUACACGGCCUAAUAAAGGAAUAAACAAAAAGAAUAUAGAAGCUGUGGGACUUCUUGGAGGACAAAAAAGCAAGUCCACCUGUGACUUGCUUAGCAGCAAAACAACCCAUUCUAGUAAGAUGGCUAACAUGGUCACUGAAGCCAGGUAUGCUGAGUGGAAUCAUGCUAAUGGAACUGUGGCGGUUGAACAGCAUGAUCAAACUGGUAUGGUUUCAAAUGGACUAGAAAGCAAAGCAACACAUAUAAUGCAAAGUCUGAAAGAAUAUGAGGGGAAAUGGCUGCUCUUUGAUGAUUCUGAAGUGAAGGUUACUGAAGAAAAGGACUUUCUAAACUCAUUAUCUCCUGUUUCAUCUUCUACAUCCACUCCUUAUUUGCUCUUCUAUAAGAAAAUUGCAGACUGAGGAUAUUUUGGCAGUGUAAAUACUAGUUUUAUAUCAGCUGCAGGCAGAAGAAUCCUUAGCAGGAAAAACUACAGAUAUACAUUAACCUUUGCACAUGGUAUACGAUUAUUUUAAAAUGUGGAUAAUUCACUUUGUAGUUUGUAUAUGGAAGACUGCAGAUUAUCCUUUAGCAAUACAAACCUGUAUAAAGGCUAUUGAGAAAACAGCAAAAUUGAGAAGCAAAUGUAAUUCCAUCAUACUAUUUGUAUAUUAGCUUUUCAAAACUUUGUAUUAACUCUCUAGAAUAAAUUUGUAGCUGCUAUUAAAAAGUCAACCUGA